AUGUCUUGCCCGUAUUGUUAUAAACCGUUAACGUUAUUAAGUUAGUGUUGAAACACCACUCGCAGAGCUCGCGGUCCUUUUUAAGACACGUUGUGCGCAAUCUAAGCCGCGUUCACGAGCACUGCGCGUGAACGUGUUCUCGGUCGAUACCAAAAGUGUUGUAAACAGAACGACAAUGUUUGUACUUCCCUGUCGACGUUUUCUAAAGUCAGUCUCGCCUCCAGCUGCGCGCUUCUCACCCGCUGUGUACUUUAUUCAAAACGCUUCAACUGUGCAGAAGAAGCUGAAGUCCUCAGCGGGGCAGCCAGAGCCGUGCAGCCCGUCUCCUGCUCCUCUUUCCCGGGAGCAGCUCGACAAGAUGGCCCGCAACAAGAAAUCCGCGCUGGAGAAACUCGCUUCUGCUCAAACCCCUGUGGGGUUUGGAGACAGCUGGAGAGAGGCGCUGUCGCAGGAAUUUGCGAAACCCUACUUCAAACAAGUGAUGGAUUUUGUUUCCGAAGAGAGGAAACGCUUCACGGUUUACCCACCUGCCGAGCAUGUGUUCACCUGGACUCAGACGUGUGACAUCCGAGAGGUGAAAGUGGUCAUUCUUGGCCAGGAUCCAUAUCAUGGUCCUAACCAAGCCCACGGAUUGUGCUUCAGCGUCAAAAGACCAGUGCGUCCUCCGCCCAGUCUGGAGAACAUGUACAAAGAAAUAGUGUCGGACGUUGAAGGCUUUCAGCACCCUGGACAUGGAGAUCUGACUGGAUGGUCCAAACAAGGUGUGUUGCUGCUGAACGCUGUUUUAACUGUCCGAGCGCAUCAGGCCAACUCCCACAAAGACAAAGGCUGGGAGACCUUCACUGACGCUGUGGUCCAGUGGCUCAGCAACAACCUGGAAGGCCUGGUCUUCAUGCUUUGGGGGGCAUAUGCACAGAAGAAAGGCGCUGCUAUUAACAGGAAGCGCCACCACAUCCUGCAGACUGUGCAUCCUUCUCCCUUGUCCUCUCAUAGGGGAUUUUUUGGAUGCAAGCAUUUCUCAAAGGCCAACGAGCUGCUAAAGAAAUCUGGAAAGUCUCCAGUAGACUGGAAGGAACUUUAAGAUUCUAUUAAUUUUUUCCUACAUGUUUGUUAGUGAACUACAGACGAACACACCCAUAAGCUUUUACAGUUUCCUAUGUGCACAGAUUUCUUUAUUACAGAGUUCCUAUUAGUGGUUUAAGCUUCUAUGUUUUGUGCUAUACACUGAAUAUUUCUUAAAUGCCUUUAUUUCAAACUGUUUAACAUUGUAAAUAUUUGUUUGUUCUUUUUUUAAAAUGGUUUUGUUAAAAUGGUUCUAAUAAAGCAGUUCCAAAAAGUUGUUGUUACAU